AUGUCGAAAACGACUAGUCGUAAGGAUUACAAAGCGGAUCUGGUUUACACAUGCACGCUCUUUAAGCAGAUUGAGACCCAUUACUGCCCAGACUCGCUUAAUAAAUGGCAUGCGCAUAUAGCCGGAUUGAGCGCAAUUAUGAAACUGUACCGGCCUAAGAAGGGCGAUUCUCCUAUAAUAGCUGCAAUAUACGGCCAACAUCAAAAGUCCAAAGUGCCACUUUCCCGACUCAUGAAUCUCCCCAAGCCCCUAGUCCAGUGGCUCAGAGAGCUUGGCGAAGGAUUGCCAUAUGAGUUGAUGCAGCUUCUUACGGAUAUGUCGUGUCUCUUCGUUACUGUUGAUACUACCAGGGCCGAUGAAUCUCUCAAUAAUCAAGCCUGUCAGUCGCUGCUAGAUGAAUGUCUAGACCUAGAAAGGUGGUUUCAGAAAUUCUUGACUAAUGUCAGUGCAUGUGGCACCAACGAAGAUCCUCCUAUAUAUAACCGCGGCGAAAUCAAAACAGGAAUGCCAGCCACAUACGACCUAUUCGGACCCGCCUACCAAUUCACCUCAGUCGGCGAAGCAAACUUGCACAUCUACACUUGGACUUCACUAUCAUCUAUAUACCCACUGAUCCACCAGGCCCACGCCCUAGCAGAGCCUACUUCGACCAACAACGUGCCAAAAUUUCUACUUGAUGAUCACUCCCCGCAACACGCGGCCCAUCACCUUUCCGCCCUUUACAUCAGCAAAGCACUCCGCUGUAUCCCAUACUGCUUACAAGAGGGCAUGAACUCAUGGCCAUCUUUCUAA